CUAUCUUUUUCAUGAAACACCAACUCAGAAGAAGCCUCACAAAAGCAGCUUAUAUUCACAACACUUUUAAAUUUCCCCACCACCACCAUAUAGCAUGUUCGAAUCGAAACCAACCCAAAAAAAGCAAAAGCUGCCAGAACCAGAAUCCAUGGAAGAAAUCAUUUCUUUAAUCCUCCAUGGAUGCAUGUUGGCCGGAAAGCUUAAAGAAACCUUACCCAACUUGGCCACCCAACCUGACUUACUCUCCAAUUCUUUGGAAGAAAUCACAAAGAUUUUUGGUUCAGCAAAAGAAAGGGUUUUACAUAGUCAAGGCUCAAGUAGUACUUCAUAUCUUCACAGCCUAUUAACACUUGAGCACCAGCAGAUUGGAACGAGUGUUGAACAAUGGCUGAGGUCUAAUACGCAGGCAAUGGAUAUAAUCCAAACCCAACUAGCAGCUGAUCGAAACGAAGCAAAGGUCAGUGGCGGCGUUGAUGUCCGGGUUUCGGAGGCGGUAAUUGGGGGUUUUCAGGCAGCAGAUGUGUCAGCUUCUAACGUGAACAUUGCGUCAUCAAGCACACAAAGACCGCGACGAAGGAAAGAUCAAGGGGUAAUUAACAAAAUAACAGUGCCAGCACCUAGGAUUGGAAACACUGAAAUCCCGCCAGAAGAUGGCUUCACCUGGAGAAAAUACGGCCAAAAGGAGAUCAUGAACAGCAGAUUCCCAAGGAGUUACUAUAGAUGCACCCAUCAAAAGCUGUACAAUUGCCCAGCCAAGAAGCAAGUCCAGAGGCUGGACAAUGACCCCUUAACAUUUGAGGUAAUGUACAGAGGUGAACACACAUGCCACAUCUCAGCCACUGCACCUUCAACUCUACCACCACCAACAGCAGACCAUCAUAUUCCACAAGAUCAUAUGUCAGCAACCACUGAGCCUCCAACAUCUCUAUGGCUUUCCAUGGACUUUAACCCUAUUAGACAAGGAGGCAGCAGCAGUGGUGUGAUCGGUGGCGGUCGUGGCAGUGGUCGUGGCAGCGGUGAUGGCGUUGGUACAUCCACCGGCACACGUUAUGGUAAAGAAGUUGACUUUCCUGUGAUGGAUUUGGCCGAUACUAUGUUUAAUUCAGGCAGCAGCAGCAGCAGCAUGGAUUUUAUUUUCAAUUCUGCUGAACAUAGAUGGCAGUCAGAUGACAAGAAAAAUUUAGAUCACUAGGCAGGAAAUGCUAGCACUUGGGUAUGCAGGUCAAUUUUCUUUAUAUUGUUGUCUAGCCAAUGAAAAGAUUAUAGGAGCUAAUUAACAAAAUUAAUCUGAGUCAGUCAUCCUAAUCUUCUAAGAAGGUUAGUUAAAGUAAUUUCACACAGGCGUCUGUAAACUUUUUUUUAUGGUCAAUAGUUGUUUGCAAACUUUAUUUAUGUAUUUCGAAAAAUGAUAUUUUAAAGUGUUUUAACCUUA